UCGGUGAAAAAAAUAAACAAUCAACAAACCGUUUUGUCUUCAUCUUGUAAACUUUUUCUUCCCUUUUUUCUCUAUCAUGUAAAUGAAAUGUAUUCGGUGUCACAUUCAACAACUGAACAUGAAUUCCAUGGAAAUUUGAAUAGUUCUCAUCUCGAUGAAUCGGGUGAUCAUCUUUUAGUUAAUUCACCGACAAGAUUUACUUCAUCUUCUAAACUUAUUCUUGGUUCACCUUUGUCACCAUCAAUUGAUGGUAACCAGAAUUUAGUUGACAUUAGUUGUGGUUCACCUACACACGAAGCUUUGUCACCUUCUGUAAUGGUAUCAACUGAUUCACCUUCAUUGAAUAGUUCACAUGGUGAUGCUGCUGGUGGUGAACUUAGUUUACUCAGUGAUCAUGAAACAAUCAGCGAUGGCGCCAAUCCAAUGGCUAAAUCAGUUCUAAUAAACGAUCAAAAUAUAUCGACUCUUUUUGAAAUGUUCCCAAAAAGUGAAUCUCAAGGUGUUGUCAAUGAAUAUGCGAUCUCCAGUAUCGUUUAUGGUACCAAAUUGUUGAGUUCAACAUUGAUGGAGGUGGAAAAGGCAAGAGGUGAUUUAAAGAAAGAGAUGAAAACAUUGAAGUCCAUUAAAAGCCAAUUAGAAUCGGAAUUGUAUGAGAAAAGAGUCGAAAUUGAUGAAUUAAAUCAGACAAUUGAGAAAAAGAUUGAAAAAGAACAAGCCAGAUUGGAAGAGGCAAAUAAGGACAAAGCUCUUUUGGUCGAAAUGGAAGCAGUUAAACAAAUGACAAAGAAAGAAAAUGUUUCCCUUAAACAUCGUAUCAGUGAAUUGGAACAUUUACUCAAAUUGGAAAAAAAUACUUCGAAAAAGAAAGAGGAAGAGAUUAAACGAUUAGACUCGGUGAAAACGAAUUUGGAAACUCGAUUGUCCCAAUCAAGUGAAGAAAGUUUUAACCAUCAGAAACAUAUCAAAGAAUUGGAAGUUAAAUUGAAAUCGACUGAAUCUCAGAUGAAUCGAGUUUUAGAGGAAAAGAAGGAGAUUAAAGAGCAAUUUGUUAAAAUUAAUUCCGUCCUGAGAAGUUGCCUUAAAUUGGAAAAUGUAACUCUCAAUGAGAGUGAGAUGACUUUUGAUGAGAUUGUACCUUCUAAAAAUCGUAAAUCCUAUUUGAUGUCAGAUUUAAUUGACUCUGAGCUAUUGGAUUCUGAGUUUGUCCGUUCAGCUUUAAUCGAUCUCCUUACCAAAGUUGAAGCUUUGACCAAAGAAAGAGAUGAUCUUAAAAUUGCUGUUGAACAAGGUGAACAAUUAACUCAAUCAAUCAAGGAAAACAAUCGAAAUUUAAAGAGUAAACUUGACAAAUUGGAAAACGAUUGUAGACAAUUGGAGAAGGAUAAUAAUAAUAUGUCAAGAAAAAUCGACGAACUAACUGGUAACCAGGAGAAGCUCGAAGAAUCUUUAUCUAAAUCUAAUUCCGAAAAGAAAAAUCUCACCUCCAAAGUUGAUUCUCUUUCUAAUUUGAAUGACAAAUUGGAAAAAGAGAAACGUAAAUUAACCCAUGAACUUAAUUCUCUCAAAUCACUAAAAGCUUUAGCCGAUAAAGAUGCUUAUGAAUCUCGGGAUCGAUUCGAAUCGAAGAUAAAAAAAUUAGAAAUAACAAAGGAAUCGCUUGAUACUCGUGUCUCUUCAUUGAUUAAACAAUGUAAUCAACUUACUGAAGAAAAGGAAUCACUUCAAUCAGAAUUGAAGAUGGUCGAUGCAAAGCUGAUCGAACUUCAAAAUCAUAAUUAUAAAUUACAUUCGGCUCUUAAUGAAGCCAAUCUCGCUCUUAAACGAAGUUCUGACGGAGAAAAAGACUUAAAGAAAAAGGUCAACAAUCUAACUGAUUCGGUCGAGCAGCAAGAUGCUGCUUCCAAAGAUGUCACCAAACAAAUCAGAAAAUUAAAGGAUCAAAUCCAAGAAUUAAAAAGUGAACGAUCAUCACUUCAAACUACAAUUGAAUCUGACAGACACAAUUUGGUUCAGACAAAAGAAACUGUUUCACAGUUACAAAUGAGGAUUAAAAGAUUGGAAGUGGAACUAAAUUUAUCUAAUCUCAAAAGGAAAGAAGCAGAAUUUCAACAAACUAUUUUAACGAACAGUAAUAUUGACAAAGAAGCGAAGAUCAAAGAUUUAAAAAGUGAAUACGAGGCUUUAGAGGAUCGACAUAAGCAAUUGCUUCUUAAUCAACAAUCUAUUGAGAAAAGUUUCUCAGUAUCUGCGAUCAAUCGUCGAAACAAUGACAAGAUAGCAGAAGAUACUUUUAAAAAGCGAGAAAUUGGUAUUAAUUGUGGCAUCGGAGACGAAAAUGAAAGAAAUGUCAACAUUAUUCUUGAAGGUGGCUGUUCAUUUGCUGAGGAUACCGAUUUAACUGCAAAAGGAUUAAGAGCUCUAGAAGAUGAAAACAUUAAACUUCAGAAAAAUGAAAGUUUACAGCAUUUGAUGAAUGAAGCGACAAUUAAUUCACCAAGUGCUAAAUGUGAUCUAUCAAAUGCUCUACGAGAAGCUCAGCAAAAAGCUGAAAACAUUUUAUCAAAUGAUUCUAAUCAAACAAUGGGUGAAAAUGACAACGACAAUAUCGUCAAUAGCAAUUUGACCAUUUCAACUCCAAUAAUCAAACGAUACUCUCGAUCAGAUGUUCUAAUCGGUAAAGACAAUGGUGCUACUCGAAGUGGUGGUCAGUCAACAAAGUCAACAGCAGCAUCAACAUCUUCCACUCAAUCAGCUCAAGUUGGUGGUCAACCGAGAUAUCGAACAUCGUCUCGAACUAUCCAAGAAUGUACCAGAACAGAGAGAACUCAAAUUACUUCAACACCAAUUUCAUCAACUUCUAUUUAUCGAUUUCAACAGCACCAUCAAAGAUCAACUUCACCAAAAAGUCACAAUUAAUCAGGAAUAUAAUCAAUUUAUCAUUAACACUCAUUCCGAUCAACUAUUAUUAUGAUUUUCAUAAACACGAAACUUUAAUACAAUUAACGAAUUAUUUGAUUACUUA